AUGGGAAAUUUUGCAGGAUUCAUUAUUGGAGAAAAGCUGAAUGGCCAGAACUAUUUUUCCUGGUCUCAAUCCAUCAGAAUGAUCUUGGAAGAACGUCAUAAAUUUGGGUAUUUGACUGGAGAGAUACCUAAGCCUGUACCAGGAGAUCCUCAGGAAUGUAUUUGGAAAGGGGAAGACUCGCUGUUGAGAUAUGUUUUGAUUAAUAGUAUGGAAUCUCGAAUUGGUAGACCAUUACUCUAUGCUGCAACUGUCAAAGAUAUUUGGGAUGCUGUGCAACAACUUUAUUCAAAGAGGCAGAAUGCGUCCCAACUCUAUACGUUGCGAAAACAGGCCCACAAAUGCAAGCAGGGAACUAUGGACAUAACGUCCUAUUUCAAUAAAAUGUCUCUUUUGUGGCAAGAGAUGGAUUUGUGUAGGGAAAUUGUCCGGAAGUGUGUGCAUGACGGAGCUCAGUAUGCAAAAAUUAAAGAAGCUGAUCAUGUCUAUGACUUCCUUGUUGGGUUAAAUUCAAAGUUUAAUGUCGUUCGGAGUCCGAUUAUGGGGCAACGUCCUAUACCCUCUCUCAUGGAAAUUUGCUCAGAAAUACGUCUAGAGGAAGACAGAUCAAGUGCAAUGAAUAAUCCAGUAAUUANCUCAUGGAAAUUUGCUCAGAAAUACGUCUAG